GGGGCGGAGCGGCGGCCGUGAGGAACGCCAAGAUGGCGGCUGCGCGGUGGCUCGGCGCGGCUGCGGGGCUGGGCGGCCGGUAGGUGACUGCGGGCACCGCGCUGCCCCGGGCCGGCGCAGGGAGCCCGGUGUGCGACCCUCACACUCGUUCCCUUCCUUUCUAAGCGGUGCUGCGGCUUCCUGGAGCGCUCUGAGCUUUCUGGGCCUUCCCCUUCCCUGAUGGCGGCGGGGCGGAUGUGGGUGAAGUUAUGUCCUCCCCUUCCUCCUCGUUACUGAGGGGCAGUGAGGGCUGCCCGCUCCCCUCCCCUUCACAAAGUGCCCUCAGGGGUGUAAAGUGAGGGCUCAUUCCCCCCUAAAACGCCCUCAGGAGCCGUCAUGAGUGGCCGAUACCCCCAAAAUGCCCCCAGGGGUGUGCAGUGACGGCUCACCCCUCCCAAAAGGCACCCUUAGGAGCUGCAGUGAGGUCUCAUCCCCCCCCCCCCCCCCCAAAAAAUGCCAUCAGGGGUGUGUGAUGAGGGCUGAUCCCCCCCAAAUGUGCUCAGGAGCUGCAGUGAGGGCUGAUCCCUCCCAAAAACACCCUCAGAAGCUGCAGUGAGGGCUGAUUCCCCCCCAAAAAAAGGCCAUCAGGAGUGUAAAGUGAGGACUCAUCUCCCCCAAAAACACCCUCAGGAGCUGCAGUGAGAGCUGAUCCCACCCUCAAAAUGCCUUCAGGGCUGUGCAUUGAGGGUUGAUCCCCCCAGAUGUGCUCAGGAAGGGGUGGUUAUUUCCCCAGAGUGUCCUUAGGGUGGUGCAAUAUGGAGAAAUCCCCCUCUCUCCACCCUUUAAGAGCUGUGCACUGAGGGGAAGUUCACAGCUCACAUGCAAAAAGGACAGCAUAGCAAUGGGCAGAGCCCCUUCCCGGUGCAGGGGCUGUGAAAUGAGGCAAUCUGCAGGCCUGAAUGUGGGGAAUGGGGACUGUAACUAAGCCUUCAGCAAAGGGGGGUUAAUUCUUGCUUUUUCCCUACACAGAUAAAAGCCCUUCUACAUACAUGUAUUCAUACGUUUGUGCUCACCUAGAACAUGAAAUACAUGGUCUUGUGCACAUACCCUCAUGUUUCUGGUGGACCUUUCUCCUUUGUUUCUUUCAAAGGAGAAGCAAACAGGAGAGAGGAUCAUUCUGUGUAGUUUUCCUGCACACAGUGGGGAUACAGAUGGAUUUGUCACACGAUGUUAAAAGGUCAUAACCUGACAACUCAACAGCCCUUCCACCAACUUGCAAGGAGGAAACAGCUUCUUCCAUCUGCAGUGUUGCAUAAUACAGUAAGAUGCAUGUUUAUUCAAACUCAGGACACACCAAACCCAAACAGCCUGAAGUUUAUUCCAGGCAAAGAAGUGCUGGAGUCCAGGACUAUGGAGUUUUCCAGCCCAGCUGCAGCAUUUUGCUCACCUCUAGCAAGGCAGUUAUUCAGAAUUGAAGGAGUUAAAAGCGUUUUCUUUGGGCCAGACUUCAUCACCAUCACCAAGGAGAGUGAAGACCUGGAUUGGAACUUGCUGAAACCAGAUAUUUAUGCAACUAUAAUGGAUUUCUUUGCCUCAGGUUUACCUGUACUUACUGAAGAGGCACCUAGGACAGAUACAGCUCAGUCAGAAGAAGACGAUGAAGUUGUGUUAAUGAUUAAAGAACUGCUGGAUACAAGAAUAAGGCCAACAGUGCAAGAAGAUGGUGGUGAUGUUAUUUAUAAAGGCUUUGAGGAUGGCAUUGUGCAGCUGAAGUUGCAGGGUUCAUGCACCAGCUGUCCCAGUUCCAUCAUCACCCUGAAGAACGGGAUACAGAACAUGCUCCAGUUCUACAUCCCUGAAGUGGAAGGCGUGGAACAGGUUGUUGAUGAUGAUGAUGAUGUGGAGAAAGAAGCAAAUUCUACGUGAGCUUCCAUCAUCCGUGGCCAAAUCAGUAUUUAUUUCAUGUACGUAAAUCAGCCUCGUUCUGUGGAACAACCAAAUCUGCCUUUCUCAUCAGAAAAAGAGUCACACUUCCACCUGUGAGAGUGUCUGCUCAGUGUCAGCAGCGUGUUCACUAAUUUAUUAAAUGCUGUCUGUUCAAACAAA